AAAUGGAGGCGAACUUAAUCGGAGCAAUACUCAUAAGUGCUCUAUCAAUGUCUCAAGGAACAGAAUUCAAUUACACAUAUUCAAACAAAGAAAUAUGUAUGGACAUUAAGAUGGAUGUCAAACUUUACCUGACGAACGGAAAUGAAACAGUAAAUUUUUCCGGAAACAAUUUUACCGUUAAGAACGGAGAAUGUGCAAAUACAGGGGAAUACCAAUCGUGGUUGGCAAUAGAAAACAAAAAGGCAGAUGUGUUGACAUUUAUAUUCCUUGUUGUUCCUGAUUUAACGGUGAACAUGAGCCUGAAGUUUGAAUUUGCUCCAUUUGAGUACUUUCCAGUAGCAGAUGAGAUUCAGUCAAAUAUAAUAGAUUUGAUGACUACUAGAGACUCAAAGCUUGGAGACUUUGCCAAGUUAUAUAUGUGCAAGUCAACUCAGAGAGUGACUCUUAACGGACAACUAGGUGGAGUCACAUAUACACUGUACAUAGACAUGUCCAACGUUCAAAUCCAGGCUUUUGAUAUACAGAAUGGAAACCUCAGCACUGAUGUUUUUGUGUGCAGUGCUGAUCACAAGACAACCGACUCACAAACAACAGAGGAUUCAACAACAAAUUCCUCUAAUGGACCAACAACAGAACCAAGCAAGACAAAUGUUACGACAAUCACAACACAACCAACAACUGAACCAAGCAAGUCAAAUUUGACAACAGACAUCACACAACCAACAACUGAACCAACGACAAUCAAUGUGACGACCACCGAACCUUCAACAACUAAUGGAACAACGGAACACACAACAGUCGGUCCAUCUAAUAGCACAUCAGAGAUCCCCACUACUGGACCCACCUCUGUGGCCCCAACAAUACCCCCUCCACCUCCAAAGUCCACUUACACAGUCAAGAAUGGGUCUAAAGCCUGUGUUAUUAUGGAGGGAAGAUUUCAGCUGGAAGUCACUUAUAUGAACAAGAAAAAUGCCAGUUCCAGUAGAACUGUGAAUAUACCGGAGAGCUCUCAUGUCACUGUCAAUGGAACCUGUGAUCCAGGAAAUUCCAGUCUCACAAUCAUACCAAGAGAGGGCGCCAUUACAUCUUUAACUUUCAAUUUUAUAAACAACAAUCACAUAUCUCAGUUGUUGUCUUGGUCUGCGGAUGUCGACUUGAAACAUUUCCCGGAUGCUAAAAGAUCUGAGCUCAAACACACAGUGAAUGAAAUAGUGAACUUGUCAUCUCCUAAACUAUAUUACAAGUGUGACUUAGGGGGAAACUUCUCAGAUAAUACUAAAGUUCUGACCUUCAUAUUCACCGAGUUCCAGGUACAGGCCUUUAAUGUGGAGGAUGGCAAAUUUUCAGGGAAUGGAGAGGAUUGUGAGAAGGAUGUAGAACCUAUCCCUGCUCCCGGGGAAAUUCCGAAAAACAAGUUUGUGGUUAAAGACCCGCUCAGUGAUGAAGUUUGUGUCUUAUUUAAUGGCAGAAUUCAAUUUAACAUUCCGUAUGUGUCAAACAAGGGGAUCAAUGUAACAAAAUCAGUUCCUCUGCCAACAAAAUACACUAUUACUGGUAACUGCAACACAACACUGAAUGGAUAUUACUCUCAAAGAAUGAUCAUUGGUUUCUACGACAACUGGAAGAUGACCAUGUUUUUCUCAUCAGAUCUGAAGCAAAGCAAACUCUUAACAGUGGGACAAGUUUCAAAGUACCACAUCUCUCAAAUUGAGCUGAAUUAUGACUACAACAACAAUAUUUUUGAUGAUGCUGUUGAAAGUCUUUUCGGUAAAAAUGAUUCGGUUCUUGCUGCUAACCUCACUCAGUUGACAACAGAUGCUACCAAUAGCUACUUGUGUAACAAAGAUACUACUUUUGACCUUCAACAUGGAUUUUCUAUGGUAACCAAGGAUCUCCGCUAUCAGGCCUUUAAAGUAAACACAACAGAUUUUGAUGAUGCCACCGAGUGUGAAGGGGACACGAAGACAGACAGUAUCGUACCUAUCGCAGUCGGAGCUGCAUUGGCUGGACUCGUUCUUCUUGUACUGGUAGCUUAUGUGUUUGGACGAAGACGGAGUCGCUCAGAAUAUUCAAACAGAUAAAUUAAUAAUAAAGAUAAAUAUGUAAAUAUAUACAGAUUGAUAACGAGAGACGUUGAAUUUAGGUUUGAUAAAAUAGAGGAAGUACUUUUCAUGUCCUCUAUAUUUUUCCGUUGAAUAUUU